AUGGAAAGUAAAGCAAAUUUUCCAGGAAAACUAAGAGAGAGAGAUAAUGGUGAAAGGAAGAAGGAGAAGUUAGUAUUUGAUUAUGAAACAGGGAAGCCAUGGACAGAAGAGGAGCAUAGAAUGUUUUUGGAAGGUUUGAGAAAGUUGGGAAAAGGUAACUGGAAAGGAAUUUCAGAGAAUUAUGUAACCAGUAGGACCCCAAUUCAAGUUGCAAGCCAUGCCCAAAAAUAUUUUCUCAGACUGCAGCAUGCCAUUAACAAUAAGGAGAAACGCAGACCGAGCUUAUUUGACAAGUCUUUCCAAGAAUCUGAAUCCGAAUCCGAAUCCGAAACCAUAUUACCUCUUAAUCCAGAUCCGAUCAUGUAG